AUGCCGAAGAAACGUAAGUCAAAUUUAUCCCAAAGUUCGCGAAAAGCCAAGCGACAAGCAGCUCACAGAUUAGCAGAAGCGCCAGAAGAACGUCAGCGUCGACUUGAGGAGAAUGCUCAGCGGCUGGCAGGUCACAGAGCAGCAGAAACACAAGAGGAACGUCAGCUUCGUUUAUAUGAGAAUGCUCAGCGGCUGGCAGCUCACAGAGCAGUAGAAACACAAGAGGAACGUCAGCUUCGACUAUCAGAUCAAGCCCACCGGCAGGCCAGCUUGAGAGUAGCUGAAACACCAGAAGAACUUCAGCUUCGACUAGAGGAGAAUGCUGAGCGACUGGCAGCUCACAGAUCAGCAGAAACACCAGAGGAACGUCAGCUUCGAUUAAAUGAGAAUGCUCAGCGACUGGCAGCUCACAGAGCAGUAGAAACACAAGAGGAACGUCAGCUUCGACUAUCAGAUCAAGCCCACCGGCAGGCCAGCUUGAGAGUAGCUGAAACACCAGAAGAACUUCAGCUUCGACUAGAGGAGAAUGCUGAGCGACUGGCAGCUCACAGAUCAGCAGAAACACCAGAGGAACGUCAGCUUCGAUUAAAUGAGAAUGCUCAGCGACUGGCAGCUCACAGAGCAGUAGAAACACAAGAGGAACGUCAGCUUAGAUUAUCAGAUCAAGCCCACCGGCAGGCCAGCUUGAGAGUAGCUGAAACACUAGAAGAACUUCAGCUUCGACUAGAGGAGAAUGCUCAGCGGCUGGCAGCUCACAGAUCAGCAGAAACACCAGAGGAACGUCAGCUUCGAUUAAAUGAGAAUGCUCAGCGACUGGCAGCUCACAGAGCAGUAGAAACACAAGAGGAACGUCAGCUUAGAUUAUCAGAUCAAGCCCACCGGCAGGCCAGCUUGAGAGUAGCUGAAACGACGGAGCAGAAUGAACGACGUAGACAACAACACGCUGUUCAUAUGGCAUCCCAGCGAGCUACAGAAACUGCUGAGGAAGCUGAAUUUCGCAGAAACGUUAUUGCGGCAAGGGCUGCCCAACGGCGGCAAACGUUCCACAGGAAUACGUGGGGCGUCUUUGAAAAUGCUGCCUUAGAGUACGACCCAACUCUAGAUUACAGUAGUCAUGUUUUGAUAAAAGUUGGGCGAAUGGAUACUGAAUGUCGAUACUGCAGAGCUUUAAAGUGGAAGGAGGAGCCUGUAGGGAUGUGUUGUGCUGGUGGUAAGGUUGCUAUUCAUCGGCCACAAGAGCCAGUACAACCUAUGAAAGAGCUAUUCCUCGGUGAGACUAAUGAGUCAAAGCGAUUUUUGAAAAAUAUUAGGCGGUACAACACCUGCUUUCACAUGACAUCGUUUGGGGCAGAUACAAUAGUGAACAUGCCUGGGUUUUCACCAACCUUUACAAUUAAAGGGCAAGUCUACCACAAAAUUGGGUCCCUACUUCCUGCACCAAAUAUGCAGCCAAACUUUUUGCAGAUAUAUUUUUAUGGAGAUGAGGAAGCAGAAACUGAUAGAAGAUUUGAAAUCGUACCAGGGGUUGAAAAACCAACGCUAAGAAAAGUACAGACAGUCCUUCAUGAGCAUAAUAAUUUAAUCAAAGAGUUUAAAACUGCGAUAGAGGUUAUGCCGGAUGAAAGCUGCAAAUUAAUAAUCCACCCUGAUCGCGUCCCUCAUGGGCAGCAUGAGAGACGAUACAACUUACCCACCAUAAACGAAGUGGCAGCCAUUGUAGUGGGCAAUGAUCAUUCUACAAGUAGAGACAUUGUGUUGCACGCCCGCGAUGACAAGCUAUCCCGUGUCGCGGACACGCAUAGGUUCUAUGAUGCCCUUCAGUAUCCGAUAAUUUUCUGGAAUGGCCAAGAAGGAUACCACUUUGAUAUACCCCAAAUUAACCCACUCACUAGACAGCCUUUGCCAAAUAAAAAAGUGUCAUGCAUGGAUUUUUAUGCAUUUCAAAUCAUGGUGUGUGCAAAUGAAUUCAAUUUACUUCUGCGCUGCAAUAAACUUUUACAUCAAUUUCUGGUAGAUAUGUAUGUAAAAAUAGAAAGCGAACGUUUGAGGUUUAUCUCAUUGAACCAGAAAAAGUUACGGGCUGAAAAUUACAUACACCUGCAGGAUGCUGUAAGAAACGACAACAAUGUGAAUCCUAAUGAUUUAGGACAGAUGGUGAUUCUUCCGUCAACUUUUGUUAACAGCCCUCGAUAUCUUCACGAGUACACGCAAGAUGCAUUUGCUUAUGUCCGUAACUAUGGACGCCCGGACUUAUUCAUCACGUUUACGUGUAACCCCUCUUGGAAUGAGAUAACUGAUGAACUCAUGCCUGGUCAGAAAGCUACAGAUCGCCACGACCUCAUUGCCAGAGUUUUUGAAUUGAAAGUGAAAAAACUUAUAUCUCUGCUCACGAAAGGUAAAGUAUUUGGAGAUUGCCAGUGCUUUAUGUACUCAAUAGAGUGGCAGAAGCGUGGCUUACCACACGUACAUGUUUUACUGUGGCUUAAAGAAAAAUUGCGUCUAAAUCAAAUGGAUGACAUAAUUAGUGCUGAAAUCCCAGAUCCUGAAACCGACAAAAAACUGUAUGACGCAGUUCUAAAACAUAUGAUCCACGGACCAUGUGGCAAUUAUAAUACAUCAGCUCCCUGUAUGAAGGACAGUAAGUGCACAAAGACGUACCCUCGGGCGCUACUAGAUGCCACUCAAACAAAUGCGAAUGGUUACCCUCUGUAUAGACGUGCAGCGCCAGAGGAUGGAGGACGCACAGCUACUAUUCGAAUACGUGGUGGAGAAGAAGUUGUAAUAGAUAACAGCUGGAUUGUGCCAUAUAAUCCCCUACUCCUUAAAAUGUUUACUGCCCAUGUGAAUGUGGAGUAUUGUGGCUCUGUACAGGCCAUAAAAUACAUUUGCAAAUAUAUUAACAAAGGGAAUGAUCAGGCAAUAUUUAAUGUUAGGCAAUCCGAUAAUGUGAACAUUGAUUCUAGGGAUGAAGUGCAGAGUUUCAGAGCUGGACGUUACGUGAGCAGUAACGAAGCAGCGUGGCGUAUAUUGGGAUUUCCAAUGCACGAGAGAUACCCCACUGUAACCCAUCUCGCGGUGCACUUGCCCAAUGGCGAGCGUGUCUUCUUCAAUGAUCAAAAUCUCCACGACAGAAUCGCUACUCCUCCUAUGACGACUUUAACUGCAUUCUUCCAACUUUGUCAAAAUGAUGAAUUUUCAAAAACUUUGCUCUAUGUUGAAGUACCACGUUAUUAUAUCUGGAAUGCAUCGGCGAAAGAGUGGAAGCGCCGCAAACAAGGAAAGCCUGUUGAGAACUGGCCGGGAGUAAAAGCUGCAGACGCACUAGGUCGUAUAUAUACCGUACAUGUCAGCAACUUUGAGUGCUACUGCUUGCGCAUGCUGCUUAAUCAAGUACGGGGCCCAUCAAGCUUCCACGAUCUUAAAACAGUGGGUGGACAAGAACAUGCUACAUUUAGAAAAGCCUGUGAGGCACGUGGGCUUUUAGAAAGUGACGACCAUUGGGACGCUACCAUGGAUGAAGCCGUGCUGUGCCGAUCACCAGCUAAAGUCAGAGAGUUGUUUGCAGUUAUAGUAAGUACUUGCGGUCUCUCAAAUCCACUUCAACUGUGGGACAAGUACAAGGUUGCAUUAUCAGAAGAUAUAGCUCAUAGACUCCAAGGUACGCACAUAGAAUUGAUAGUUAAUGAGGCAUUAAAGUUAAUAGAGAACAAAAUAACUAAUUUAUCUGGGAUGAAAAUGACAGACUUCGGUUUGCCCACUCCAGAACAAAGGGGAGAAUUGUCAAGCGAUGUUGUAAGAGAACUGAAUUACGAUGCCUUUGCCUUAGAUAUCUUUGUCCAUGAUAUGGAGCCACGUUUGCUUCCCGAACAAAGGCACGUUUACGAUGUAAUUAUACAGCAUGUAAAUAGUAGUAAUGGGGGACUCUUCUUUCUGGACGCACCAGGGGGUACUGGUAAAACAUUUGUGUUAAACCUACUGCUCGCCCGACUUCGCAAGGACCGGAACAUAGCCCUGGCUGUGGCUUCCUCGGGAAUCGCUGCAACGUUGUUGAACGGUGGACGGACAGCACAUUCUACUUUUAAAUUGCCAUUAAAUCUAGCAAGCCAAGAGACCCCUACAUGCAACAUAAGUAAAAAUAGCAACCGCGGUGCUCUCCUGCAACAGUGCAAGUUAAUUGUGUGGGACGAGUGCACUAUGUCGCACAAGCACGCCUUAGAGGCUUUGAACUUCAGCCUGCAAGAUAUACGCAGCAACCAAUCUCUAAUGGGAGGUGUUGUAGUUCUGCUCGCUGGUGACUUCAGACAGACACUGCCCGUUAUUGAGAGGGGGACACCGGUGGAUGAGAUGAAUGCAUGUCUAAAGGCGUCUCAACUGUGGUCCAAGGUAAUAAAGCUCCAGCUUACAUGUAACAUGCGUGUCCAGCUUUUCAACGAUUUGGAGUCAGGUGCCUAUGCGUCUAAGCUUCUGAAAAUAGGAGAGGGUCUCCUAAAAACAGACACAGAUGGAAAAAUCGAAUUUACCAAUGAUUUUUGUCAUCCAGUGACAACAGAGGAUGAACUUAUUGCUCACGUUUAUCCAAACAUACAAAGGAAUAUAAGCAACGAAGAAUGGUUAUGCGAGAGGGCAGUUCUAUCUCCAACAAAUGAGUCUGUCAACAACAUCAACAAACAUAUAUUGGCAAUGUUAGCAGGGGAGUCAAAAAUAUACACGUCAAUAGACACUGUGAUGAGCAGUGACGACAGUCCCACUUACCCUGUAGAAUUUCUAAACUCAUUGGAACUAACAGGCGUGCCUUCCCAUAAACUCGAGCUAAAAGUUGGCGUACCAGUUCUGCUGAUGCGCAACCUUGAUGCACCAAGAUUGUGCAAUGGCACUAGGCUUCGAGUCACAGAGCUAGGAAGAAACAUAGUACAUGCCACUAUUCUGACUGGAACAGCUAAAGGAGAAAGCGUUUUGAUUCCAAGAAUCCCGAUUAUUCCUAAUAAUCUGCCAUUCCAUUUGUUAUUGGCUGAGAAUAACAAAUCUUACAAUGUUGUCUAUAGAAAUGUAUUAUUGUAA